ACGCGGACAGGUCUCCGCUCUGCAUCACCACGUCUUCUUCGUGUUCCGCGACCUAGUCAAGAUACUAGGGACCGAGAGAAACCUCCAACCUCUCCCAUUCGUCGCAGCAGGGAUCAUCUGCCUGACUCUCUACCUUACCUGCCUUACCGUCUUCUCCUCUUUCUUCAGUCACUUCUGACUGGCCAAAUACCUAGCCACCAUGGCCGAAUCAUCGUCAUCACAACCUCCUCUUCCGCCCUCAUCGCAACCACCGCCCCCAUCACAGAUAGGGUCUCAAGAACCUCAUCCAUCAUCAACAGCAGUAUCUGGUGAAGCAACUGCCGAAUCAAACGUCGUACCAAAGCAGGAAACAGACACAGCCACUGCAGACUUGGACGCUUCCAUCGAGCAGGACAUCGAUAUGGGCGCGAACGGCGACAACACCAACAUGGCGGGCGCAAAUGAAUCUGAGGAAAUGGUGGCACCGGGAAUCCCUGCUCCAGAUGUUGUCCCAACAUCAGUCGAUGAUAUCGCUGCGGCCGCGGCGCCAUCGAAGAAAGAGACAAGUCUGCGCGAGUUUUUGGGGAAGAUGGACGAGUAUGCGCCUAUUAUUCCCGAUGCCGUAACAGCCCAUUACCUCACACUCGCUGGUCUUCCACCCCCGGGAAACGGCCCGAAUCAGACACCACCGCACCUUGCACGACUUCUCGCUCUGGCUACACAGAAGUUCAUUGCUGAUAUCGCAGCCGAUUCCUAUCAGUAUGCACGCAUCCGUGCCUCCAACAGCUCGUCUGCUAGUAACCCGAUGGGUAGUCUCAACGCAGCGUCGGGUCUCAACCUCCCAACUGGGGCUGCAGGCGCAGGCUCCGCCCCCGCUGUGUCAGGCGGAGAUAGCAAAGGAAAGGCCAACACACACCUUGGAAUCCAGAGACCUGGGUUCGGUGGUGGUGGCUCCGGUGGGUCUGGACAAGGACGGACGGUGCUCACCAUGGAAGACUUGGGAAUGGCAGUUUCUGAGUAUGGAGUCAGUGUCAAGAGAGGGGAGUUUUAUCGGUAGGGGAGCGGGGAGCACUUGUUCUUCGCUGGGACAACUUGGUCUGGGGGCAGUAAGGUACUGCCUAUACCGGAUUAUGUUGCCACUGCGGGGGUGGCUCUGGCACGAGGUAGUUUAUUCUUUUUCUUUCCCUUUUCUUUCCGAUUUAUCAUUCCGCGGUGGAUGUACACCCACAUUGAGAAGAGGGGACACAGAUUUGCAUGCAUUCCGGCUGAUUCAGCCGUCAACUGGAAAAAGGGGUGGGUUUUGUUGGGAAGGCUCUUUUUAUUAACUUAUUGGCGUACAUACUGGGUAGAGGGCGAGACGAUAUCCUACAUUUGGGGCCCUCGAAAUUCGCAAUAAUGGAUUUAUUUUGCAUAGGCGUUGGGAUGGCUUAAAAGAAAAGAACAAUCGGUCAAAUCGAAUCAGUUAUCUUUGUCUUCGAUAUACGUAGUUAAUGAUUACCUCUCAUGAUCUGGAACAAGAAAAGAGAAGAAGUAUCCGUAGAAUGAAUGGGUUUU